AUAUUGUGGUGCGUAAAUGGGUUUAUUUUAAUUAAGCCUGGUCAGUUUCUGAAUUACACUUGUGUGAAACCCAGCAACACCCAGUCAAACCCUCAAGCAGAAUUGGGAUUUGAAGAAAUAGCUGGUGUUUUCUGACAGUUCAUCCUUUCUCGUUGGGUUGGUCUUGACUUUGAUUGCUGCCAUGUCUUACGGCAGAAUUGAGGACAGCCGGUUUAGCUACCGCUCUCAACCUAAGGACUUCAACAGCCUGAUUCAAACAUGUACCGCCAACAUCCAGAAGAUCUCGCAGCACACCGCACAGAUAAACACCAUGGUGCAGCAAGUAGGAACACAGCGCGAUACAAGCGAGCUUCAGGACAGGCUACAACAGUUGCAACACUACACAAAUCAACUUGCAAAAGAAACAAACAAACAUUUGAAGGAUCUUGGAUCGCUACCUUUGUCACACUUGGACCAACGUCAACAGAAAAUACAGAAGGAGCGUCUAAUGAAUGAAUUCUCCACCGCUCUGAACAACUUCCAAGCAGUUCAGCGGAAAGCUGCAGAGAAAGAGAGGGAAUCUGUAGCAAGAGCAAGGGCGGGAUCACGCCUUUCGAGUUGCACCGAUGACGAGCACAAUGAAGAGCAACUGGUUUCAUUCGAAAGUAGUGAAGACUGGAAUCGAACACAAGCUCAAACUCAAGAUGUGGCAAUAACUGAAGAAGACCUGACACUCAUCAAGGAAAGGGAGACUGCAAUUAGACAACUAGAGGCAAACAUCUUGGACGUCAACCAGAUUUUUAAAGAUUUAGCCAUGAUGAUCCAUGAUCAAGGAGACAUGAUUGACAGCAUAGAAGCGAACGUGGAGAGUGCGGAGGUACACGUUGAACAAGGAAGUCACCAUUUGCAGAGGGCGUCUUAUUACCAGAAAAAAUCUCGCAAGAAGUUGUGCAUUCUGAUCGCAAUCCUGGGUGUGGCCGGUGUCAUUCUGGGGCUCAUUAUCUGGUGGGCAGCCAAAUGAAGAGCUUGCACACUUGAAACGCGCCACGGGAAGAAUUGGGACCUCAAGCAAACUGACUGUUCUCUCUGACGGCCAGUCCACUCGUCGCGAGAGCUCAGCUUACAAAUAUUUAGAGAAUUACAUGAAACAAAACCGUCGUUUUGAGAGUGACGUGGGCGGGGUGGGUG